AUGGUACCUGGCAAAUUCAGGUUCACGGUCUUCAUCCGGAGAGACGAAGGUUUCACCAACCUUUUCCAGAAUUCACAGGUCGAGGACCUUUCAGAGCACCCUUGGAACAAGGCCCCUCCAGAGAGCAGCUCCACGAGGAAUACGCAGACACAGUCAACUCAGGUGGAGCUGCAAGAGGAUCAGCAAGAUGACCACCAAUUCGCGCUCUACGCUUUGCUGGCGGACUUUCGCGAGGACUACAAGGCUGAUCAGAUCACAAUCACUUCAGCAAGCGAGACGACAGAAGCUGCCUUCGCUGUGAUGCGCUUCGCAAACGCUCAGCUCCUGGAUCGACAUCCAGGUUUCGCUGACUAUGACGAUGCGCUCGAAGCCAUUGGCCAGAAGCUCAUGUGA